UCCUGAUUUCCGAUCCACCGUCCACGUAAACAAGAAGGUUAGAUAAAGAAAACGGAGCAGCAGCCGGGAAAAUUAAAUCAGAGAAAUCGUGCCCUAAACUUUUCCCGAUUUCCGGCGAUCUCUAGGAGUUUUCACUCUUUUCUCUACAGCGCGGCAGAAGAAGAGAGCAAUGGCGGUACCAGGUCCUUACGCAGGCGGAAGCACCCUCUGUCUGGUGGCUCGUGCAUCGGCGUUCAGUGUCGGGGUAGUGUACGGAAGUUUGAAGCUCAAGUAUCUUACGGUAAUUACUAAUUCCUUCUUAACUCCCAGCUCGGUCUGUAGAUGUAGCAGUUGCUGCAGUCAUGAAUUUGGAGAGAGAAGAAAUUUAUUCGAUUCCUGUAAAACCCUGGCAUCCAUGCUUGAUUGUGGAGCUGGGUUUCUCAGAUUUCUAGUGUGAGACUAUGGCAUGAGAAGGUGAUGAUUUCUCAGAUUUCUAGUUUGUGAAUUUAGCUUUGAUCUAGGUGAUGCGAAGUUUCAGAGGUUAGUUAUUCUAUGGCUUGAGAGAGUGAGCAUUGAUCUUCCCUAUAGAAUGGAUUGUCCAGGCAAAUGUUAUAGUAAUAGGCUUCUAAUUCAGUAGGGGUGUUGGUCACGAUCACGAAUAAGGAGCUUGAUAGGAUAUAUAUAAACCAAUGAUCUAGUUUAAGUAGUUUAUAUGGGAAUGCUUGUCAUAUGAACCGCAAGAUGUGCGGACCCGAACCCUCCUCCUGCACUUGUUCCUGUUUCUUUUGGUGUAUACAUGGUUUGAUUAGAAGGGGAAAUCAGAGAUAUAAUAGUUUUAGUACAGUGGUGCUGUUCUCAUAGUUCAGGCUCUUGGACAGGGUUUAAUCUAGGUGCUAAGUAGUUUCUAUGUGAAUGCAUGUCAUACGAACCGCAAGAUGUGCGGACCCGAACUCUCCUCUGCACUUAUUCCUGUUUCUUUUGGUGAAUAAAUGGUAUGAUUAUAAGGGGAAGUCAAAGAUAUACCAGUUCUAAUGCAAUGGUGCUGUUCUCAUAGCUCAGGAUCUUGGAUAGAGUAUAAUCCAGGUGCCAAGUAGUUUGAUGUGAAUGUACGACAUAAGAACCAGAAGAUGUGUGAACCCACUUUGUUCAGUUCGUCCGGUAUAUGUUGCUGAAUGUAUGAAGAUAAACACACUCAUCAUCUUCUUCGAUUCAUUGUCACUUUUAAACUUGUGAUGAUUGAACUAUCAAUUCUGAAUCUCUUACCAGAUGACAAAGAAGACGCCGAUUGGAGCCAAGGGAGGACACCGCAAAUGAUCAUGCACUUGCUGUUGGAUGAUUUGCUGUGUGAUGAACUACGGGGAGUCCGUGUUUUUGUUAGCUGAAUAAGAAUAUUUGUAGCACAUUAUGGCACGGUUGUUUUGGAUGAGGCACAUGAGCUAGCGAUUCAGGUUCACAUUGAUUACCAUGUCCAGUUAUGUUUACAGAUAGAUUGACAGUGCUUCUGAUUUUACCAACUCUCUCAUUGUUGAGCAUGUAAAGGAAGCUCCAUUUCCAAUUCCAUCCAUUUUACUACUGAUUGUUAAAUACUAGUUCAUGCGCUUGUUUACAUUAGACUAGUGUUUUUUGUUCACCGGUUUAGUCUCGUUGCCAGUGGGAAAGUGACGUGCGUUGGGGAUUGAGAUUGACUGGAAGUCAGUGGUUCUGUGUCCCAAUGGGCCCAAAAUUGUCAACAUCUGUGGGGCACCAAUAAAUGGAUUGGGCCAAUGGCAAAUGCCGGUUGAGCCUUAAUAAAUGGUCGGUAGGGUUGGGCUCGGUCCAUUUACAGCAGAAUCAUCUGUCUGUCCCAAUCCCUCGUGAGUGUGAAGAUUCUCUUUAAAUGUAAGCAACAGUAAUUAUUAGCCAUUAAUCAAAGGCAAGUACAAAAAUGCUCCACCGACAACAGGAUCUAAUUCUAUUUCUAACGAUUGUAGUUUGCUGAAAUGAAAAACAAUCCGUGACAAGCAAAUUCGAAUGACAACGAUUUUUUUUUUAAUAACGCGGAACACCCUCUACCGUUAUCAUUUUCAAUGAUGUCGUAGUCUACUCUGGAGUUGGUUACCCCUUUUUGUUAUCGAAUGGAUUAUCAGGAAAUAUCAAAUAGAACAAUGGAGUAUGA